AUGUCAACGGAUCUCAUGCGAGUCACUGUUGAGAAUGCAAACGACAAAAGGUUAAUGAAUAUGGUUGCUCAUAAUCUAAGUGGUAAGAAAAUUGCAGUUGCGUUGUGGGACAGUUUUGCACUUAAGCUUAACACUUACAUUUCAGAACAUCAAAAUGAUACUACCUCGGAUCAAGGACUUCAAAAUAUCCGCGACGAGUUCAAAACUCUUCUCAAUAGAAAGUUUGUCUUCAAAGUUCAGAUCUCCAUGUUCAAUCUUGAAAACAACUAUCUCACUUACAUUGUGCAUAAGUUGAUUGAAGAUGAAAGUGUACUUGCUAAGGUUUUCAAACGUUCACCUACUUAUGAACAACAAGUUGUUAAUGAUGAUGGUACUUCUACUAACAAGACAAAUAAGGAAAAGUCUGAUUCGGUCCAUAGUGAUAAUCUUGAGGUUGUUGAUCUUGAAGUUGUAACACUAUCAUCCAGUGCCGACAAACGCCCCAUCGAUAUCGUUGCCACAACUGACUCUUUAGAGUGGUCUCCUUCAAAAGUUUGUGCUCAUCCUACUACCCUGAAGAUCCUUAAAAUCGAAAAGUUUGAGUAA